UUUUGAUUCAAGACUUUUAGGUCAGAAGGACCUACCCGGAGCUUUGAAGCUGAAGGGGCCAGCCCAAGCCAUGCCGCACAGGGUCGUGAUCUUUGACAUCGGCGGCGUUGUCAUCGACUCCCCGAUCAACGCAAUCAGGGACUUUUGCCAGAAGCGGCAGAUCCAGGACCUGAACCGCUUCCUCUUCUCCUCACAAGCGUGGGCGGCGCUCGAGCGAGGCCGCCUCGACUGGAAGGAUUUCCCAGAGGCUGUGCUGCGGGAAUGCCAAGAGCAAGGCCACGACGGAGCUCAGCUCGGCUUGGAGGGCUGGCAAGCUCUGCAGCUGGCCAUUGUGGAGGGCGGGGGCGCACCCCGGCCGGCCAUGCUGCACGCCAUUGACAGGCUGCGGCAAAGCGGGUUCACGGUAGCCGCGCUCACCAACAACUUCGCUGAGGGCAGCGCCGCUUUGGGGAGGUUGCCGCUUCUCUUCGACCACUUCAUCGAGUCAUCUGCCUCGGGCAUGCGCAAACCAGAGCCGCGCUUCUAUGAGCAUGCCCUGCGCGUCAUAGGCUGUGAGCCAAAUGAGGCCAUCUUCCUGGACGACAUCGGAAAGAACCUGAAGCCUGCCGCGGAGAUGGGCAUCUUCACGAUCCACGUGCAGAACUCCCACUCCGAGCAGCACUUGGAGGCCUUGAGGAAGCUCCAGGGCGUGGUGGGCCUUCAUCUCUUGCCUUCCAAGCUUUGAGCCGGCAGCGCGCCGCGUGGAAAAAGUCGGGGCGGAGCUUGUCUGGCGAGUGUUCAGAGCUAUGCAACCAGUGGC